AUGUCUUCCGACCCGCGGCAGAAGGCGGUCCUCAUCGUGAUCGAUGGCUGGGGUAUUCCAACCUCAAGCUCCAAAGGCGAUGCAAUCACUGCCGCAGAGACUCCUAUCAUGGACUCUUUCAAAGAGCCCAACAGCAAGACCGCACAAGGCUACACCGAGCUCGACGCCAGCUCGCUGGCUGUGGGUCUGCCAGAAGGCUUAAUGGGCAAUAGCGAAGUCGGUCACUUGAAUAUCGGAGCCGGACGUGUGGUGUGGCAGGAUGUUGUGCGGAUAGACCAGACGAUCAAGAAAGGCGAAUUGAACAAAGUCAAGACCCUCACCGACUGCUUCCAACGAGCUGUUGAUGGCAACGGGCGGUUACAUCUACUGGGCUUGAUCAGUGAUGGGGGAGUCCAUUCGCAUAUCAAGCAUUUGUUUGCACUGCUGGAAGUUGCGAAAGAGAUGAAGGUGCCGGAAGUCUACAUACAUUUCUUCGGCGACGGGAGAGAUACAGAUCCUAAGAGCGCGGCGGGGUACAUGCGGCAGUUGCUAGACAAGAUCAACGAAAUGGGAAGUGUGGCCAAGAUCGCGACGGUGGUGGGAAGAUACUAUAUCAUGGAUCGGGACAAGCGGUGGGAGAGGGUCGAGGUGGGGAUGAAGGGCGUGGUGCUUGGGGAAGGAGAAGAGAGCUCAGAUCCAGUGAAGACGAUAGAGGAACGGUAUGAGACCGGUGAGAAGGGUGGUAAGGAUGAGUUCUUGGAACCUAUUAUCGUCAAUGGCAAAAACGGUAGAGUACAAGACAACGACACCCUCUUCUUCUUCAACUACCGCUCCGACCGCGUCCGUGAAGUAACCCAACUCCUCGGCGACUUCGACCGCUCUCCUCGUCCCGACUUCCCCUACCCGAAAUCCAUCUCUUUAACAACAAUGACGUCCUACAACCCCAAAUACACCUUCCCCAUUGCCUUCGAGCCCCAAAAAAUGGGCAACGUCCUCGCCGAAUACCUUUCUCGCACCACGCCCCCCACACCCCAACUCCACACGGCGGAAACCGAAAAAUACGCCCACGUAACCUUCUUCUUCAAUGGCGGCGUUGAAACCGAGUUCCCCUCCGAAACCCGCAAACUAAUCCCCUCCCCCAAAGUCGCGACCUACGACCUGCAACCGUCCAUGUCGGCGCAAGCGGUCGCCGACGCCAUGGCCACCUUCAUCGCCUCCCACUCCUACUCCUUCCUCAUGCUAAACUUCGCGCCGCCCGAUAUGGUGGGCCAUACGGGCGUGUACGAGGCGGCAAUCAAGGGGGUGGAGGCGACGGAUAAGGCCAUUGGGACGGUGUGGGAGGCUUGUAAGAAAGAGGGGUACAGUCUGUUUGUGACGAGCGAUCAUGGGAAUGCGGAGGAGAUGUUGAAUGAGGAGGGGGGAAUUAAGACUAGUCAUACGACUAAUAGGGUGCCGUUUGUGCUGGCGAAUGCGCCGGAGGGGCCGGAGGAGAUGACGGGACGGAGUUUGCUGGUUAGGUCGUGA